AUGGAGGACACGGUCGCUUCUGCAGGGACCACCACUCCUUCCAACUCGCACUCGAUCCCUCACUCGCCUCGUUCUGUCCGCGUGCAUCCGAGUCCCUCUCCUCUCUCUUCUUCUUCACAACUACCACCACCAACUCUCCCAGUCCGUUCUCCCCUCCGUCCACCUGCCCGUUCCAUUUCCAACAACUCCGCCACCCCCACACUAGACUCAGACGCCCCUCUGUCGCCCAAGACACCCCCAGGAACAGACGAGCAGGAUCAGACAGUCACUCUCCCCAUGACCACUCACCCCAUGCCGUCCACACCGGCCCUGCGCAUCCAGAUGCGCGAUAGGGAGAGAGAAAGAGAACGAGAAAAGGACAGAGACAGGGACAGAGAGAACGCCUAUCCGUACCUCAACGAACUCAUCGACCCACUCCUAGCUACCAUCGACAGCUUUAGUGUCGACCUCUUGCCUGCUAAACAAGAGAGAGAACGAGAAAAGGACCGGAAUGCAGUCAAAGAGUUCGCUCCACGAGAAAGAGAAAGGGAGAUUGAAAAAGAACUUCCUGAAAGACCAGAGACGCCACUUAGCAUAGACCUCGAAGCAGAAGACGAUUCUUCGCAUUCACAUUCCCAACACCCAGAAAAUGACCAGGACGACGCUUUAGCAAACCCUACCAAUUUCACAACCUCCGCCUCCGCUGCUGCCUACAUGUCCAGCUACAUGUCCUCUUUAGCGUCCACAUCCACCUCCUCGCCAUCUACCUCAACAUCAACAUCGAUAUCCUCCUCCUCCCGGUCCUCAGCGCCCACAUCCAUCACAUCCUUAUCCUCCGUGUCCGAGCCUCAGCCCCAACCUCGGCCGCAAAAACAUGAUACUACCGCUACCACCACUACAAAACCACCACAAGCCAUGUCGAAACGAUACCAUGCAAUGCACGAGCUGCUCUCCUCCGAGCGCGCGUAUGCGUCCGAUCUAGCUCUCAUUAGGGAGGUACACAUCCCAUUGGCGUUAGGCCAGACGCCAAUGCUGCAAAACAUACCUCUAUCCCCGCCGCCCGCCUCCGGGUCUUCCUUCGCGCCGGCGUCCACUCCCAACUUGACAUCCGCGUCGUCAACAUCAGCAUCAGCAUUCACGUCAACAACUACGACGACAUCUAACCCGACCUCGGGCUCCUCGUCCACCCGCACGCUCUCCACGGCCUCUGACUCGUCGACUGCGUCGCUGGGACCGGCGAUGGCGCCUGAGGAUGUCAAGGUUAUCUUUGGCAAUGUUGAAGAGCUGGCGCUGCUGAGCGAUGCGUUUGCGGAUCGGCUCGAGGUUGCGCUGGGUAGCGUGUUGGACGGAGGAGCCGAAGGGGACGAUACUAUCGGUGCACUGUUCCUGGAAUGCGUCCCGAUGUGGGAGCGGCCGUACAAGCAAUAUAUUACGCGGCAUCCAAGCGCGCUGCAGCACCUGCAGAAUCUACCACAGACACCCGCGCUGACGGCGUAUCUUGCGUACACGCAGCGCGUCGCGUCCGCGCUUACGCACGCGUGGGAUCUCGCGUCGCUGCUCAUCAAGCCCGUGCAGCGGCUGCUCAAGUACCCGCUGCUCCUGCACACGAUCAUCGACGAGACGCCGGAUUCGCAUCCGGACAAGGAGAACCUCAAGGCUGCGAAAGAGCGUAUUGAGGAGCUGGCAAGGAAUGUGAAUGAGGGGAGAAGGCGCGCGGAGGUGGUGAAGGAUGUGUUGACGAGUAAAGGGGUAAAGAAGCCUAGUGCGCCCGUGGGUGUGAGUGCGGGUGUGAGUCUGAGUAAAGUGAAGAGUCUGCGGCACGGCGGGGUGACGGCGGCGACGAUGCGCGUGGGCAGCAGCGACGCGCUGGACGGCAGCCGGCCCGGAGGUACAGGUGGGGGCAGCGAAGCGGCGCUGGUGGACGCGCUGCAGGGCGAGCUGAAGCAGAUCGAGGUGUUUGCGCAGCAGUUUGCGAGGAAUGUGGUGGAUUGGGGUAAGAUGAUGUCCAAUAUGAUGCUCGCGCUGCGCACGUGGGCGUUGUCCUUUGCCAAAGUUAUUGGGCUUGCGCUUGACCCUCAUGCGGCGUCUGAUGCGGCGGGCCAGCAGCAGCACUCGGAGGCAUUCGACGCGUUCGUCGCGGUCAUCCGCGAGAAACUUAUGCCUCUUUCUGCGGACCUCGAAGCAGCGAUCAACGAACGGCUGCUCAAGGACCUCGCGCACCUCCUCGGGACGAUGACGCAGCCGCUCAAGCUUCUCGCGUCGAUGGGCGAGCAGGAGCCGUACCACUACCACCUCCUCACGAUGCCCCUCUCCGCCAAGAACCGACCCCCCGCCGCGCUCCUCGCCGCAUCGACCAACUACCUCGCGCUGCGCGGCCAGCUCGCCGCGGAACUGCCGACGUACCUGCAGCUGCUGCACCGCGGGUUCAGCGUGCUCAUCCGGCGGCUCGCCGAGUUGCAGACGCGGUUCUGGCGCGAUGUGAAGGAGCACUGGGCGGAGCUGUGGGAUAUGCUCCGCGUGGAGAGUGAGUUGAAUGUAGGGUGGGAGGAGACGUGUGCGGUGUGGUGUGCGCGCUGGGCGGAUGUGGAUGAGGUCGUCAAGACGCUCGCGAUCACGGGCCCUGUGCCGCAUUUGCAGCCUACGCCGCGGACGUACUUUUAUACGUACCAGCUUCCGCCUUCGGGGGCUGCCACGCCUGCUGCUGCUGCUGCGGUUGUGGCGAGCCCGCUGGUCGCUCAGCAGCAACAGCAGCAGCAGCCAACGGAGCUCGCGGAGUAUUUUGCGUAUCCUAAUUUUUAUAUGCCGAUGGUACCUGCGCCUGCGACGCCCAAGGACCGACGCGAGAGUGGGAGCAGUGGGAAUAGUAACAGUAAGCUGGAGAAACACAACUCGAAAUCUAGCGGGCACAGCGGCAAGGGUGCGCAUAACAGCAAUGGCAACAACAAGGAUAACGCCGCCGCCGCUGCGACAGUACAAUCCAUGUUCGCCGCGCUCGAACCGGCACAUUCGCCUGUUCACCACAAAAAAUCGACGAUCAACAGUUCCUCAUUCGCAUCCUCGCCAGCACCAGCACCCGCGCCCGCGACCGCAUCGAGCUCGACGGCCAACGUCGCCUCGCCGUCGGGUGGCUUCGUGCCGUCGAUGGUCAGCAGCUCCUUGUUUGGCGGCGGAGCGUCGAUGUACAGCGUCUCGGGCCCGUUGCCCUUAGGCUCUGUGCCUGUCCCGCGUGAUAAAAAGGAGAAAGAGCGAGAUAGCAGAGGCCGCGGCCGCGGCGCGAGUGAUGCCAGCUCCAACAAGGCGGGAUACGGUACGAGCGGGCGACGACCCGCCUCGCAGGACCGCCAGUACCCUCAUUACCCGCAAUCUCCACCACCUCCGCCGCCGUUGCCCCAGCAGCACAUGGCACGUUCGCCGCCGCCCCAGUCGCCGCCGAUCCCUGCGCGGAGGCGUACCCAAGGCCAUGUAGCCCUCGCGGAUGAGUUUGCGGAGUAUGUUGCCAUGCAUGGCGGGGCGCUGCCGCCGCCGUAUGAGGGUGCGCGGGAGUACCCGUAUUCGCCCCCGUCUGGGAGUGGUGGUAAUGGCACCGCGAGUUCUAGGCAGGGUAUUUCGCGGAUGAAGUCUAUGCCUGUGAGCUUGGGCGGGCACGGAAACGGACAUGUGCAGGUUGAUGAGCGCGAGGAAAGGGUGUAUCGCCAGGAGCCUGAGUGGGAGGAGUAUGACGCUUAUGCGCCACAGCAUCAGCAACUGCGGCCCCAGGAGCGCGGGCGAGAUGCCAGGGAGCACGAGCAGCAGAGGGACCGCGAGUUCGAUGGAAAGCGGCUGACGAAAAGUCCAAAGAGGCGGUCGAAGGAGCAGACGCACUCGCGGAAGCGCUCAGGGUCCGUCAAGUCCAUCACGGCUUUCUUCACUUCGUCCAACCCCAACAUCUCCUCCACCGCUGCCGCCGCUGCCUCUGCUGCUGCCGCGCCCCAAACCACUGCCUCGUCGGACCCACAACCGCUCACCUCGGCACAGCGCGACUCGUGGGCAUCCAAACCCGCGAAAUACUUCUGUCAAGUGAUCCAUCCAUGCAAACCGCCGCCGUCGAUAUCGUACUACUCCUUCCCGUUCUUCACGCUGCGCGAGGGCGAGCUGUAUGAGGUGCUCCAGGAGGCCGGGCACCCGAGCAUCCACCCAAAGUUGCCGCUGUAUGUUGACGAUGGCGAGGAUUGCUUGUUGCUGUGUCGGGACGGGCGGGGUGUGGUUGGAUGGGCGCUGGCGAGCUUUUUGGAGCCGGUUGAUAUUGUCGGGUGA